AUGACCUUUGCAGGAAAAGGCAAUGAAUCUACAACCGGGGAUGGAAGUAAUGCCGGCCAGCAAGAUGUUGCUUUUACUUUGAAAGCCAUAUUCGAGAGAUUGGAAGUUGUUUUUGGAGAUAUCCGUGAUAGAAUGGACCGGAGACUAAUCCGCCAGCCGGCGAAUUCUCACGAUGAAGAAGAUGAAGAUUAUGAGGAAGAUGAUGAAAUUGCAUCCGUGGGAAGUGUGAGGAGAGCCAGAGGAGUUAGGAAUGAGGGGCGAAGACAUGGUAGGCGAGAUCAUGCAAUUAGAGAUGGAGUAGAUAGGAAUAUUGGGAGUAUUAAAAUGACGAUACCACCUUUUCAAGGGAGGAAUGACCCUGACGCUUUUAUCGAGUGGGAGGGGAAGGUGGAGCUUGUAUUUGAUUGCCAUAAUUACUCGGAAGAGAAAAAAGUGAAGCUUGCAGCGGUGGAAUUCACUGAUUAUGCCAUCGUUUGGUGGGACAAAUUGGUUAAGGAAAGAAGAAGGAACCAUGAAAGGCCUAUUGAGACCUGGGAGGAGAUGAAGACUGUCAUGCGGAGGCGAUUUGUUCCCUCGUUUUUAUGUGGUUUGAAUCGUGAAAUUGCUAAUGUGGUGGUGGAGUUGCAACAUUAUGUGGAGAUAGAAGAGAUGGUUAGCAUGGCCAUGAAAGUAGAACGGCAACUCAAGAGAGGGAGACCAGCCAAGCAUGAGGGCGGUUCUUAUUCAGGAUCUUCAAAUUGGAAGUCGAAAUGGGGUGUCACCUCAAGACCAGUAGAGAAACCCAAAUCGAAUGCUGAAAAUAGCAUGAGCAAGAGUCAAGGGGACAACAAGGAGAGAGGUAACUCUACAUCCCAACCUCAAAAGAAUAGAGAUAUCAAAUGUUUUCGGUGUUUGGGGUCCGGGCAUAUUGCUUCUCAAUGUCCAAAUAAAAGGGCAAUGAUCAUGCUGGAUAGUAGGGAAAUUGAAACUGAAGAGGAGGAAAGUGAUUCAAUGCCAACACAAGAUGAUUCUAGUACUGAUUAUGAAUAUGCUGCUGAGGGGAAUGCCUUAGUAAUCAUGCGAGCACUGAAUGUACAAAUUAAGGAAGAAGAGAGAGAUGAUGUGCAAAGGGAAAAUAUAUUCCACACUAGAUGCCAAGUGAAGGAUCGGUGGAGAGUGAAGGUGAACAAGCAAGUUCUGGUUUCCUUUACAAUUGGGAGAUACAAGGAUAAAGUUCUUUGUGAUGUAGUGCCCAUGCAUGCUAGUCAUAUAUUGCUUGGGAGGCUAUGGCAGUUCGAUAGACAGGCAAUACAUGAUGGGUAUAAGAAUCGAUACUCUUUUAUCAAUGAUGGUAGAAAGGUGACACUUGUUCCAUUGACACCUUAUCAGGUGUAUGAGGAUCAGCUCCGAAUCAAGAGAUCAAUUUGUGAGAAAAGUGAUGUAGAAGCUGAGAUUGAAAGAAAAAAGAGAGAGUUUGGAGAAGUCUUUCCCACGGAGUUACCCAAUCGUUUGCCACCAAUAAGGGGAAUUGAGCAUCAAAUCGACUUUGUGCCAGGAGCCGCAAUUCCGAACCGGCCAGCAUAUCGAACUAAUCCGGAGGAGACAAAGGAACUUCAAAGGCAAGUGGACGAGCUUUUAGCUAAAGGGCAUAAAGAUGGUACUUGGCGAAUGUGUGUUGAUUGCCGCGCUGUAAACAAAAUCACGGUAAAGUAUCGACAUCCCAUUCCUCGAUUAGAUGACAUGCUGGAUGAAUUGCAUGGUUCCACGUUAUUUACAAAAAUAGACUUGAAAAGCGGAUACCAUCAAAUUAGGAUGAAAGAGGGUGAUGAGUGGAAAACGGCUUUCAAAACAAAACAUGGCUUGUAUGAGUGGUUAGUUAUGCCAUUCGGGUUAACUAAUGCGCCUAGUACUUUCAUGAGGCUCAUGAAUCAUGUUUUGCGUGCUUUCAUUGGAAAAUUCGUGGUUGUAUAUUUUGAUGAUAUCUUGGUGUAUAGUAAGAGCUUGAAGGAUCAUAUUCAUCAUUUGCGAUGUGUGCUUCAGGCAUUGAGACAUGAAGAAUUAUAUGCUAACCUGAAGAAAUGUACAUUUUGCAUGGAUCGAGUUGUGUUUUUGGGAUUUGUUUACUUUGGCUGCUCCAUUGAGGGAAGUGGUUAA